AAAAAGUGUGCAAAAAGGCAACCGAGAAUGAAGGCAAGAUUUUGCGCUCGGAAAGAAAGCAUUUGCGUGUCUGCUCAACAAAAAACUCAGGGAAUCAUUUUCAGGGAAGGAAUUUUUACGAAAUGGAUGUAGAAAGCUGUGUGAGCAAUGUUGUGACUGCAGCUGGUGGCGUUUUCGAUGCAGAAGGCGAAGCCACUGAGUUAGCCGGGGUCUACGAGGUUCACAAUGGAGAUGAUCUCGCGGGAGAGAGCGCAGAGGGCGAUGGCAGUGGAUCUGCAAGUUCUCCUUCUGCUUCUCGGCAGAACUCCCAAGCAGCGGACCCGUAUGGUGAUAAUCCGAUGAAGCGUCGUGUAUUUGACCGAGAGCAGUCGGCCAUCCUUGAGCGAUUCUAUGACAAUGGCAUGAACUCUACACAUCGACGCAAUAAGGAACUAGUCGAUGAUGCAGCACAAGAGGUCGGCGUCUCUGCUGACAAAGUCAAGAACUGGAUUGGUGCAGAGACUGUGCGGCGCAAGCGGCAAGCUUUGGCUGUAGCUGGUGGAAAGCCUGGCAGUGCAGGAUCGACUCCAGUUGGUGCUCCACCUGCGAAGCGAAAACGCUCACUUUCCGGCUACAGUUUAUUUUUGGCAGAGACAUUGAAGGACAGUCCUGAACCAUCAUUAGCAGAACAUAAAACAGAUAUAGCUGCCCGAUGGCGCAACAUGUCCGACGAGGAGCGUGUGGAUUGGCACCAGCGGGCUCGGCUAUACGAAUCACAGCAACGGGGUGCAGCUGCACCGGCUUCUCCUGCCGUUGCUACAGCGCCGGCCACCGCCACGGCCACAUCACCGACUGCGACUCCUCCGACGACCGUGGAAGGUCGGGAUCGCAUUGUGUCCUACGCCGUCAGUCUUCUGCAGUCAUGCUUGGAAAGGCUCGAUCAGGUGGGAGUACACAGCUAUUGUCUCUUGGUAGAUCCCAUCCAGAUGAAGACGCACACUUUAGCGUCUGCACUCGGCCAGCAGUUCCACCAGCAGCAGCAGACCCACCAACAGCCCCCCUCGGAUGACACUGCAACAGGCUCUACGACAGAAUCAUCUGAUUCAGCUGGUGCAUCGUCUACCGAGGAAGGAUCUGUGAGCAACGCACAGGCAUCGGGGACCAUCCAGUCCGGUGAAACACCGAUGGAUACAGCCGAGCAAGCAUCCCAAGAUCAGAGUGGCCCAGAAGCGCUGUCGGUGUACACGGCGUUCUCUCGCUUUGUGCUGAGCACUGCUCUGUCCCAGCAACCCACCCCUGGCGCUGGCAGUGCUACACCCGUCACCAGCGCCGAGGCUUCAACUGCUAUCGAGUCGGCAGAAAGCGUUGCCGAUGCAGCUGCAUUAGGCUUAGUGCCCUGUGCUCUAGAUAUGGCUUUUAACCCUGCUGGUACUGGUACUGCUGUUCCCUCCACACUGCCCUUAUCAUUAGCCUCCUCAUUGGGACCAUCAGUGGUGUCACCAACUGGCAAUGCCUGCCGCUAUCAGACUGCUGAUGGUUACAUUUGCCCAUACGUGGCCACUAGUCCGCAUUUCCUGAGGGCCCACCGCCUCGACACUGGCCAUAUAGCCAAGCGUGGACGUCCGAGAAAGAACCUUGUUCCUGGUGCGGCUGGACUAGGCAAUCCCUUGAUGGCCAUUCCUGCUCUCAACCUGGAUGCCGUUGCCUCUAUGGCUUCCCUAGCAAGUGCUGCUGCUGCCGCCAGUGGCACAACAGUCACUGCAGCGAUUGGUGACGUUCAACCUGGCCCAAUGGAGCCUCCAACGAGUGAGAUUACGGUUGGAUCUCAGGAAGUGGAAGCCAAUCCGGAUGUAUCCGACCUGAGUGUCGAUCAUAUGGUGAUGCUGAUUCGCAACACUUUUAACGCAAAGUAUGAGGCAGCGACGGGUGUGAAGACCAUUCCUUAUGAGGAUUCUCAUGCACUCGAGAACAUUGUGGUCUAUGGUCUGCCAGAUGGUGUUGCAUUGCAACGCCCGAAACUCUACUCGCCUGAACAACUUCGAGCUGUGGUCAAAGAGCUGGAGCGUGUCGUUUUCUUGCCGGUUACGAAAACUGAACAAACUGCCGAAGAGCUUUCAGUGACAACAACCACAACAGCGGCGACAACGGCAGCGUCUAAUGACGCCAUCAUCAACAACUAUGUGACAUCUGUGGACUCGCUUAUCACCGAGACUGUACCGCUGAACGUCGUCAUCGAGUCCACAACAGAGACUUAGUUAGAUCAGACUUGCUGGCUCUUGCCUUGGGCAUGUGAACGGGCUGUGCGUUACCGAGCGUGUGUGAACUAGUCUACGUUUCAUCCUGGGUGUCCUGCAUUCAUUACUGUCGCCAGUGGUAGUCGUCCGAAGUUAGCCCUUCUCACGUGCAUGCGCUUCUUCUUAGUAGUUUUCCCGGCAUUGCUCUGAGUUUGCCGGGCUCCUGACGUCAGGGAAGUGUUGACGUCCUGUCUGUAGCCGUGUAGGCCGUGCAUGUGUCCCUGCUAUUGGCUCUGUGCUUUUUGCUCCCUACCCACGCUGUUGCUGACCCUGGCUGCUCUCUAACCCGGUAGCGUAGUCCUUGCUUCAAUGGCUUUGUGUGCGCUUUCACUGCCUCUGCUGCCCGUGACUUUCCUGGCACUCUGUGUGACGGUGUCACGUUUACACUACUUGUGUGUUUUAUUACAUAGCUUUAGUCACGGUAAACGCUGAGAAGCACACUCGUCGUUCCCUGUCAUAUCGGCUGUUAUCCUCUUCUGGUGCUGUACCCGUUUCCGACUCUGCCAUGCAUUGCUACCAUGUACCCGCUGUUUGCUUGGCUCGCCUGCUCGCUCACCUGGUCAGCCACAGGGCCCUGCGUUUGUUGCAACCACUGAUGAACCUGUCUGUGGAAAUCGCUGCAUUCUUCAGGAGCACUGCUCUGGGUUUUUGUUUUUGUUUCGAGUGUUUUAUCCGUGAUGACGAUGAUGAUGACCAUAAUGUUGUUUGUUAGCUUUAGCUGUGUGCUAAGGUACAUGUCCAUACGCUUCCUACAGUGUUGGAAACGAGUUUUUUUCUUCCUGCCUGUUACUAUCGUGUUGCUGUUGUUUGUGCUUUUUCUAGGUUGCCGAGCAAAAUUAAUGUCUAGUGUCCCGCGUGUUGCCUUGUUUGUAUUCUCUCACCUCGUAGGCUCAGCUAGCUGUGCUCUUAUCUUAUCUCAGACUCACUCUUUUCUACGUGCCGUGUGUUGCUUUGCUCUACUUUGCUUGUGUAUGCCCCACCUAGCGGGUUCUUGUGGCAGUGAUUUUUUUUCGCCUUGCCCUCGGCAGAGUCGCUAAACUUUGA